GUUUAGUUAGUCGCACAAGUCAGUCAGUCAGAUGUGGGGACACGACAACAGAACGCGGCGAUUUGUAUCCACAGAAGAAACCCGCAACGCAGGCGCCGCGUCGCCAAACGCCAUUAUUUCAAGUUUUCAAGAGAAUCGCCGCGCGUGUCUUGCGAAAAAUAUUUAUAACCGUGCGUUCAUCUUCAUUUCGGGCAAUGAUCCUGCGGCAUAGAACUUCAUGUUCUACAUAUUAGCGAAAUGGUUCGGACUGUAUUCUAGUGACGUCCGGGUUCGGGACUUAAUCGCGCAGAAAGUGAUAUAAAAUUUUCGUUGUUUGUGUUGUGUUUUCACAGUUGGCGUUUAGUGCAUAUCUUCACGGCUUCGUCGCAAGCAUAGAAAUGUUGUCUGUGAAUAUAAAUAAACUAACGGGGGGAAACGUGUAGUGUUGGUUGAUUUUUACGUGAUUUACCGAGCUGUGUUCGUGAUUUGUUUGUUCUGAUAUUUUUCGCCGUUUAAACAACAUCGUCGACGCAAGCAAAUAAAUUAAUUAGAUCACUGCGCAACAAGCAGUCUUUGGGGUUCUGGACCGAUGGAAGCCGACGAAGAUCCGCAUCAUCACCUGCAGUGGGCCGGGGCUACCCGUUGUGCGGAGUUCAACCGGUUGAGCACAAUUAGGGAGCGCAGCCAAAGCGACAGCAGCGAAGGUUCGGAGUUCUUCUCCGAUCUACCGUUGCCACCGGUCCCCCUCGAAAGAAAAACCAGCACCGAUGGCGAUCAUCCACCCAGAACUCCAUCCCAAGAAUUCCUCUACUCUAGAAUGGAGGAAUUCGAUGAUGAACCCGCGGCAGCAUCCCGGGAAGAUAUACGUCCCAUCGAUAGCAACAGCAGCCCCAGCGAAGGCUCAACCAACACAUUGCACAAGAACUCUUGGAGUACGGCCAGCGGUUCGGUGGACGAGGGGAUUCUCUACUUGGAUGGGGACGACGAGGAACGAUCGUCUUACUACAGAGACAAGUCACCGAUACUGCGAUCGGUGUCUGCGUCACCGGAGCGUUUGUUGCGCCGGCGAAGACGGAGGAAAUGCCGCAGACGGAGAGCAGAUGAAUCUACCUGCCGUGACGAGGAUUUCACCUGGGUUAACAACCGUGCGGAAGCUCCGAAAGCUACGAUCGAUUCUGACCGCAGAUCCACCUCUCAUACCACUGUUGGAGGUCGAUCAAGUCGUAGUCAUACCCAAGGAGUCGAUCAGAACUUGCCACGCAGUCCCUUAAGUCCUGUAUUGUCUCCAGCAGGAGUUCUGGGAUGUGGAAAACCACCUCGUCCGUUGACGGGAAGUCUCGACCGGAGACGUCAUUUGGGAGCAAGUCGCCAUGAACGGGACUCGAAAAGCCGAAGUACACACUCGCUUAAGGACAAGACAUCUUCGUCCGAGCUUCAACAUCAUGACUCCCACUCAAGCAACCUGAGCUUGAACUCCAAAGGUAAACCCUCGAGUAAGCGAUCGCCUUGUGGGAAAGGAUCGAAUGAUAAGUUUUGGAAUUUUCAAGAACACCUACACGACUCGGGAAGUUACAACAACUACAAUAGCAGUGGAAGCAGUCAUCACAACAAUAACAACAGCCAUCGACAGAGUCCAGGGAUUUGGGAACCUCCACCACCGCCUCCCGUGUCCCAUUGGGAUCCACAUUACUACUGGAAUUGGAACAAUCACCACCAUAGCCGAGAGGAGUUGCGGUUGAUCGACUAUCAUCGGAGACAGCAGGCCGAACUCUAUCGGUACGGCAGCAAUGGAGCGUUGAGCAGUACGCAGGACCUAUCCUGCUCCAGUGGAUGCUGUAAUCGUCCUUAUUAUCAACCCCCACCUCCACCAUGUUGCUCUUGCGAACAUAGCCGGGCCAUGUGGGGCAAAGACUGUCAGGUUGGCACCAGACGUCAGGACACGGACGAGCGGCUGCGCCGGUUGCAAACGGACAAGGAAGCGCUGGCCCUGCAGGUCAAGAUGCUGACCGAGCAGGUCCAGACGCAGGGCACCAAAAUCAGCGACCUGGAGCGGACGGUGAGCGAGAAGAACCAGCUCCUGUCCAAUGCGGAUGACCUACUGCAGCGAGUAAGCCAAUUUGCCAAAACCGUUGGCAUCCAGAUUGACAAACAGAAAGAAAUGCUUUCCCGAUCCUCGCUGGAAACGCAAAAACUGGAGCUCAUGUCUGCCAUGAGUGAACUGAAGCUGCAGCAGGCCGCCUUGGAACGCGAAAACCUGGAGCUGCGAUCUAGUCUCAUCAAUGGAACCCCGCUGACGAACGGCAGCCUGAACGGAGGCAUCCUGAACAGCAACACCCUCAACAACAACAGCAUAGCAGCGAAUUUGCUACGACGAACGGGACGGAUGGUGACUUCCACUCCGGGCAACUCGAUCAAUUCGUCCCCGCUGCACCACGGUAGCCACGGCAAUCUUCCACAGCAGCAACAGCCGUCGGCCACCUCACCUAGUCCUGUUACACCAAAAACACCGCCAGCAUCGUACCGGCAGCGGGUCGACCUACACUACAGCAGUCUUCCACGGCAGGCCUUUGCCACCACGCUGUCGACGGCCAGCGGGUCCAGCGGUGGAAGCGCCGGUACCGACGCCAACGCUAACCCGAAGCGCAACGUAGCUUUCGCCAAAACGUUGGUCACCUCCGGUGGCGAACAGCCGCAACGUCCCGUGCCGGCGAACAUGUCCGCGUCCAUGAGUGCCCUGACGCUGUCCGCUGCGCUUGCACAGUCCAACCUGCGAGCCUUGAAACAAACGUCCGCUUCGGCGCAGAACAUCUUCUGUUCGGUCGAACCCGGGUCAACCUCCGAGGGGCAGUUGAUCGAUUUCGAGCAGAACCACUCGGAACGGGCCACUACGGAGCCUCCGGCAGGCGCAGCGGACAACGCCGGAAGGGCACCGGAAUCCGGUCAGAAGCUUGCCGCAGCCAGUAGUCCCACACUGGACCGGGAGUUUCAUCAACGGUCCAAAUCCACGCCGCAACCCUUCUCCGUUUCGGCCGAUGCGCUGCAGACGACACUCGUGGAGAUGCGUGGAUUUUCCGUGCCAAAUCUAGCCGAUUCGGAAACCCUGUCGAGUGAUCGCCUGGACGGUCAAGCUAGUCAGCGAAGCUACACCCCGCAGCCAUCGCCGUCGCCCUCGAUGAGCCACAAGAACCUGAAAGGCCUGCGGAACAUCUUCGGUAAGAUCAAGCGAAGCAACAGCGGUACACUGGAGGAUGUGGAUCCGGGAGAGUUCAAACGCGGUGGAGUAAGAGCCACAGCCGGAGCCAGGCUGGGGUGGAGUUCGGAGUUCCGAAGGCCGGAUAAACCGCUCAAAGAGUGGGAUCUGGAUUCGCUGUGCCAAUGGUUCGAUCACUUGGGGCUGGGAAUGUACGAGGAGGACCUGAGGCGAUGGUUGAAGACGGGUGGAGCGGCCGAGUUGAUAAGGGCAUCACCGAUUGAUAUUGAGAAGGAGUUGAACCUUAAGAGUCCGCUGCACCGAAAGAAAAUUGUGUUGGCGAUCGCUGAUUUGUCGGAGAGCGUAGAAGGGGACAUGUUGUUGAAGAGCGCUGGGAAACUUGAUACUCCUUGGAUAAUUCGAUGGUUAGAGGACGUGGGACUGCCACAGUACAAGGAUAGCUUUAUGGCCGCCCGAAUGGAUGGGCGCAUGCUGCACAAACUUACCAUGGAUGAUCUAGUCAGUUUGCAUGUGUCUUCCUGUGUGCAUGUCGCCAGCUUAAGGCGAGGUAUUCAGUUGAUGAGGGAACAAAAAUGGAAUCCAGAUUGUUUGAUUCGACGGUCGAUGAGUGACGAAAACAACGGUACCAAAGAAGACGUUCGAUUAUGGACCUGCUACCGGGUGAUGGAAUGGCUCCGAGCGGUUGACCUGUCCGAGUACUCACCGAACCUGCGUGGAGCAGGAGUUCACGGUGCCCUGAUGAUGUACGAGGUUAAGUUUACCGCCGAAUUGUUGGCCGAGUUGCUAAGUAUCCCGCCAAGUAAAACGCUACUCCGAAGGCAUUUAGCGACGCAUUUCAAAGAGUUGUUAGGACGGGAUGUUAUUCAAGCCAAACGCGAUGCGGAGAAUACGCUGGGCUUCCAACCGCUGACUUUGGCUGCCAAAAUUAAGACGCCAAAGAAGUCGCAGUUCUCGCUCAAGCGCAAGAAGAGCUCCAAGGGUGGGGACGAAUGGAGCGACUACGUGUGCCCGAUGGGUGACUCAGGUCAGGAACAUCUGCCCAAUUCGCAACCGCCAUCAUCAUCGCAUCAAUCACUAUCCACUGCAUCCUCUUCCUCUUCCUCGGUCGGGGCUGCAGCCGCCAGUACUGCCACCGGCAAUGUUACUACUACUAGUACUACCACUACCAGUGCCACCAGCAACUACCAACAGCAGCACCAUCAGCAUAAUAGCCACAACUCACACCAAGCUUCUCCCUACCGUGCUAAUACUAAUCUUGUCACUAGCAAUGCAAGCGCCGCUAUGACGAAGACUCCCUACAGCACCUACCCGGACAGCACUCUCAGCAGCACCAGCAGCAGCACAGCAACCACGACCUCCGGAGUCGGGUCCGAAGUUGUUUCACAUCAGCAACUGCUGAGUAACGCGUCCAGCAGCAAUGGCAGCAACAGCAACAACAUCAUCAAUAACAACAACAACAAUACGAUCGGAUCCGAUUCGCCCACCUCGACACGCAGCUCGACCACGUCCACCUCCUAGCAGCGGUUGAUCUCGGCCGGUUGCUCCAUGUCGUCGACCGCUUCGUCCUCGCCGAUACCGAGCAGCGUGCUGUCGAGCAAGAAUAACUUCAACUUUAUUGCAUCCUUCUCGCCGGUGAAGGAUGUUUAUAGUAAAUCGGUUUCGACCAGUUCCAAUUAUUCUUCCUCGUCGUCGUUGGUGUCCACGGCAAGUUCGGCCCGACCCCAGUCCCAGCAAUCACACCAACAGCCAGGACAGCCACAGCAGCAGCAACAGCAGGGGGACUCGAAUUCAGGAGUUCCAGUUCAACGGUCAGCUUCCUUCAACGCGGCUUGUACAGUUCCGUUGAGUAUAAGUAAAACUACGCAAGUCAAGAACUCCGCUUCGUUUAGCAAUUGCUCACUGCUGUCGAAGGUAGCGAAGAAGUCCGGCUUGAGUGGAUCGUUGACGGCCACUUCGUUGUUGAAGUUCUCCGCAUCGAGUUCUGCCAACAGUUUACAGCAGUUGAAGCAACAACAGCAAGCCAAUGGGAUCACGAUAUCGAGUAACAUUACCGAAGCUCUUGCUAUGGCUGGUCAGAACCCCAAUCCCUGCCUGUCGACGUCGUCAUCCGGACAACAGCUUAGGAACUCUCCUUCGGCUUCGUCGUCCACAUCGUUGGCCUCAUCAACGACUUCCACCGUGACUGCAGCUGCAGCAGCCGCCGCCGCUACUACUGGAGCUACAUCCUCCCCGAGUUCCUCUGCUGCUGCUGCGCUAUCCCUGUCUCAGUUCAAUAAGAAUAAUAUUGUUGAUUAUUAUGUCUAAUAUUAAGCAAACCUGUAGCCAUUAACAUCUAGGGAAGAAAUAUACAUAUGUAUGAUUCAGUUUGUUUUAGAUAGGAUCCAUCGCCGUUGAGCGAGUUUUAUGUUUUUAAUCUACGACCUUAUUCGGUGGUGCACACAAUCAUCUUGUAUCUCUAAACAUUUUUUCUCCUGAAACUCUUUGUACCAUUGAAAGACGGAAUACACCGAACGAAAACUAAUGGGAACAAUCUUGAGUCCCACUUGAAACGACCAGUUAUUUAAGCUAACACUAAGUGGACUAACACAAACUAUUCUAAUAUGUACCUACUUAGAACAGGAACAAAGUGAAACGCACCCACAUUUAAGGGUUUAACGUUAUUCGAUUACCAUACAUAUGAGGAAAGGACAUAAGUUUUUUACUAACCAACCUUAAUAGAAAAACCAAUCAUUCUACCUAUAACCAGCCCGCAGGCUGGUUAACUGUUACCGAAGUAUUGUGUAUAAAAGUCAAACGUUCCCCUUCCCGAAAAAUUCCUCCGCCAUCUUGUAUCGAGUCAUAGACAAAUAUACCGUUGAAAAAACUUUGCAACUGAUCGAAUCCUUACAAACAUAUUUGAAGCCAAAGACAAUAAAUUGCAACAAAUACGUGCGAGCUGAAGACGAGCCGAUUCCUUCUUUUGAGUCAAUCUUCCCCUUAAAAAACAUACUUUCCCGAGCUAUGUACACCUUUGAGUGGCCUUCUCUUCUACUGUGGUAGUUUUUAUCUCCGUGCGCAUUUUUUUUCAAACUUUCGAACGAUCUGUUUCACAGCUAUAGGCUUUAAUCGGCAGCAGAGAAAAAAAAAA